GGGAACUGGUGGGAGCAGGCCAACUCCACCAACUGCACCACCAAGAAGCUGCUGACCGCUAUGGAGGGAUACAUCGCUGUGGACUUUGAACCGCUCAGCGCCAAACAGGUCAAGGGGAUCUCUGGAAGGGUGAGUGUUCCCGAUAAGCAUUUUGAUACAGUGUAUAACUGUUUUGCGCCUGCGGGGUGAGGAGCAUAAUGUAUCAACAGGGUGAUCAAAUUAUGAUCCUAUAUCUACAGUAUAGGACUAUAAGUAUUAUAACUAUCCCUGCAGCUUCCCAGGUCCUGCAAUUAGGACGUUGAUGGCUGUUAUGGAUGAAGUGCUUGUACCUGUUGCUUCUUAGCCAAAGGAGUCAUUGUCCUCUAUAGUGGAUAGAAGAAAAGCAUUCUAUUUAAGGAUGUGUCCCAAAUGGCACCCUAUUCCCUCCAUAGGGCUCUGGUGAAAAGUAAUGCACUAUGUAGGGAAUAGGGUGGCAUUUUGGGAGGCAACCUAAAAAGCUGAUCUUGUGCCCUCUCUCUCCCUAUAUUCAGACACCUAAAGAGUAUGAGAGGGAGUACAGUAAAGAGCUGCAGCAGAAGGGGGUGGAGCCCUCAAAGUACCACGGCUUCGCCUACGACGGGAUCUGGGUCAUAGCUAAGACCCUGACCCGCGUCAUGGACUUACUGCAGCACAAGGAGAGGCAGGACAUGUACCACAACUUCACCGUGGACGACCGGGAGGUUGGCAGGCUGGUGCUGGAU